AUAAGCACGUUUUAGUGUUGUGGAGUGUAUAUCUUUUAUCUGUUGAUAGUGAUGUGGCCAUAUUUUAAAAUUUUAACAUUGGUAUGUGUCGUGUAGCUUCUUAAAGAUUAAUUGAACAGACACAGCAGCGGUAUCCAGUCAUGGAGGACGGGACAGUAGACACACCGGAGGAGCUGUUGGCUAAGCAGCAUCGCAAGGAGAAGAAAGACCUGCAAGCUAAAAUCCAGAGCAUGAAAAAUGCUGUCCCAAAAAAUGACAAGAAAAGGAGGAAACAGUUGACAGAAGAGAUUGCCAAACUAGAGACAGACCUCAGCCAAAAACAUGAGGAGGAAUUAAAGCAGCUCAAAGCUACAACUGACACAAAGAUUGACAAGGUGGAAGAAGCGAUAAAUGGAGUGGAGACCAUGAAGGUGGAUGAUGGAAACCAAGAAGAGGUCAAACAACCGCGUAUGACCAAAGCCCAGAAAAGAAGGGACAAGAAGGCAGCCCAGGAGAAGGACAGAGAGAACAGGAUAGCAGAGGCUGAGGUGGAGAACCUGCAGGGUGUGAGGCACCAGGAAGGAUUAAAGUUAGCUCAAAAACUCUCCCAGCAACAGCUUCAGAUAAAGGAAAUUUCCUCUGAUGGCCACUGCAUGUACCGUGCCAUUGAAGACCAGCUUGCACAGAGAUCAAAGCCGGGAUUAAUCAUGAGUAUGAAAGAACUGCGGUGUGGCACUGCUGAGUACAUGAGAAGUCAUGCUGAUGACUUCCUGCCUUUCCUCACCAACUCCAACACUGGUGACAUGUACACAACAGAUGAGUUUGAUAAAUACUGCAGUGAUGUGGAGCUAACAGCAGCUUGGGGUGGGCAACUGGAACUGCAAGCUUUGACCAAGGUCCUUCACUUACCUAUAGAAGUGAUCCAGGCUGAUUCCCCAACUAUUAAAAUUGGGGAAGAAAAUCAUGGUGAAGCCAUCACCCUUGUCUAUAUGCGUCAUGCUUAUGGACUUGGAGAGCACUACAAUUCUGUAGAGCGACUUAAGGACCCGGCCAAUGCGGAGGACAGCUGAGAGACAGCUCAGUCUGGAUGUGAUGUAAACCAAUGCAGAGAGUGUCCAGACCUCUCACACCAGGGCCCUUGAAUACAAAUGUAUUUGGGGUGGUGGCCCCUUUCAUGGAAAAGUUUGUUGAACUAAAUUAACAGAGAAUGUUGCUGUUUUCAGAUUGGGUUAUUAAAACACUGAAUGGUACAUAUCUGUUAAGUAAUCAAAACAUACCAGUAAGGAGCGUGAAAUCUAAUAGAAUUGAUCUGUUCUGUAGUGUAUCAUUGUGGUUAAAAAAAAAAAAAAACCCCAACACAGUUGGGAAAUUGAAUAGUUUAUAAUUUUACAUUGGCUCCUCUUUGAGAAGCACUGGUGUAACAUACAGACAGUACUCAUUUUUAACCAAAUCCACUUUGGCUGGAGAGUAUGAUGGCGUAUUAGGGCCAUAUGUAAAAAAAUAAAAUAAAA